AUGAGCUCAAUCGCUUCCACAUCCGCUAGCACUAUGCAGCAUCCCAGAUACUCGAUCUUUACGCACUCGGUCGGGUAUCAUACGUCCAAGCAUGGAUUGCUGUCCAAGCUCGACGCGAUCAGUGCGGCCGGUUUGGCGGGCGUCGAGAUGUUCACUGAUGACCUGUGGAGCUUUGCACAGUCGGACGAGUUCGGCUCGAUCCUGGCGGCUAGCGAGCGGGAGACCGAGCUGUUGACACCCCCGGAUAGCCCACUUUCGCAACCGGCGUCGCUGCGAAACAAGACGAGGAUACACGAGAAUGCAGAGCGUGCUGGUCAACAUUAUAGCGCACAUGGGGCGUGUACACCGGACGAAAGGCAGCGCGAAAUCGCAGCAGCCACAUUCAUUCGCUCGUACUGCGCAAGUAGGCGGCUGCAGGUGGAAUGCUUGCAGCCAUUGCGCGAUGUCGAAGGCUGGCUCAAGGACGAGGAUCGAGAGAAUGCGAUCGAGCGCGUAAAAUCGAGAUUCGACAUCAUGCGUGCACUCGAUACGCACCUCUUGCUCAUUUGCUCGCAAAACACGCGUGCUCCGCAGACCACCGGCGACAUGGCUACUAUCGUCCGCGACUUGACACACAUCUCAGACUUGGCCGCCGCUUACACAGCUCAAACCGGCUUCGAAAUCAAGAUCGGCUACGAAGCACUAUCAUGGGGCGCGCACAUCGAUCUCUGGUCGCAAGCAUGGAACAUUGUUAGAACCGUCGACAGAGACAACAUCGGCUUGAUUCUGGAUUCGUUCAAUACUCUGGCUCGCGAAUUUGCCGAUCCAUGCACGCGCUCCGGGAUCCAAGAACCAAUUUGCACCACGCUCACAUCGCUGCAUUCCAGCUUGCAAGCGAUUCAAAGCGUCCCGGCAGACAAGAUUUUUUUGCUCCAGAUCGGAGAUGCUCGACGACUGCCAGAGCCACUCGUGCCGAGUCCGAGGGACGGAGAGCCAAGACCGAGCAGGAUGAUCUGGUCCAGAAGCAGCAGGCUGAUGCCGUGCGAAACCGACAAGGGUGGCUUCAUGCCUGUUGCCCAGUUCGUCAAAAGCGUCGUAAAUGCCGGAUACAGCGGUCCGUGGAGUAUCGAGGUAUUCAACAGCGAGUUAGAACAGCCCGGCGUCCAUGUACAGAACUCAUUUGCUUUACGUGCUAGACAAGGCCUCGAUCGGCUCCUCGAGGUCGUCUUCGCUUAA